AUGUACGUGCUUAAGAGAUGCUUGGAAAUUCAAUACUUCAUACUGUCCAAAGAUUUUUUCUUUAGUUCCUCGCCGUUUUCUGAUGUGCUGGUUGUUUAUUUCCGCUGGAUUUUCCACGAGAUCACCAAGAUCCAUGUCAUUGGAAAGAAGAAACUCGUUGAACAAUGUCUUCACUGGUUGCUAUGGCACGGCGCUGACACCACGGUUACCACUCCUAAGGGUUGGACCCCUGCACACAUAGCCGCAAUACGGGGUCAAGACGCAUGCCUACAGGGUCUUGCUAACAACAACGUGAACCUGAGUGCCAAGGACCAUAGAGGCAGCACACCAGGCCACCUGGCCGCUGCACACGGGAACUCCUUCACCCUGAACACCAUCCUCAGAUCUGGCACAGACAUAAACACAACAGACAAGAAUGGCUGGACGCCGGUACAUGCUGCCUGUUACCAUGGGAGACUGGGCUGUCUACAACUACUCAACAAGUGGGGCGCCAGUAUUGACGAAUGCGAUAAUAUCGGGAAUACCCCAGCACACUACGCAGCAGCCGAGGGUCACCUGCCCUGCCUGAAAUUCCUCGUCAGCACGGGUAUCAGCCCAACACACGUGCUGGGCGCCCGUAACGACCAGGGGGAGACACCUAAGGACCUUGCCCAGCAGUUCUACAAGGACGCCAUCAUUGAAUACAUCAACGGCAUCGAGUGGGAACGGGAUCACCCGGAACAGGCUGAGAAUCUGGCAUUCCCUGCCCAUGUGGCUGCAUUCAACGGUGACCUUGACCACCUGAGAAUGCUGGUGGAGAAUGGAGUAGUGAACAUCAAUGAACGUGAUGACAAGGGCUCAACACCCGCGCAUAAAGCUGCUGGGCAGGGCCAUGUGCACGUGCUACAGUGGCUUAUAGAGAUGGGCGCAAACCUGUCAAUUACAAACCAAUCAGGCGAGACCCCGCGUGACGUGGCCCGGAGAUUCUCCAAACUGGCGUGUGUCAAGCUGCUUGGUCGAGAUCCACUACUCAGGGGGGAACAAGAGGAGGCCGAAGAUCUUGGAUAUCCCGCACACCUUGCAGCAUUUUCUGGAGACCUGGAACACCUGGCAUCCCUUAUAGAGAAAGGCGUCAGUAAUAUCAACGAGCAGGAUGAGAAAGGGUCUACUGCUGCACAUAAAGCUGCAGCCCAAGGUCAUGCCCACAUUCUAAAAUGGCUGCUAGAAAAGAAUGCGGACAUGUCGCUACGCAACACUCAGGGUCGUACACCGCUAGAUGUGGCACGCAGAUAUGGCAACAAAACAUGUGUGAAAAUUCUUGGCGGAAACCCAGAUGAUUUACAACACCUGGAGGAGUGGUCGGAUGAGGAAGCAGGAGGGACAGAGGGAAACACAGACGGGGCCUCCAUCUCUGUCAGCGAUAAACAGAAGAAAGAAUCCCGAGGUCGGGCCCGACGUAAAGUCGAGGACUUGGAGCGACUGCUGGAGAUUGCCAAGAAGAAUUACACCCAGCUUGGCGGGUCACUGCCAGAGGAUCGCAAGAGGCUACAGACCAUCAAAGACAAGGACAAAACAAUCAAUGAACUAGAAGCUCAGCUGGACUACGAGCGAUUACGUCGUGAGAAACUGGAGGCCCAGCUCGACCAGUACAGACGAGACAUGGCUGACUUGAGCUACCGUCUGCAGGCAAAACUAGGGGAUGACAGUGAUUCGGAAUCUGAUGCUGGAUACGGGCACCAAUCAAGACAGUCUUCAAAACAACGAGUUGUGAAGAAGCGCUCUGGCUUGAAGAAGAGAUCACAAGACGAGGGAGGAGUGUUCAUCAAAAGAAAUGUGUCCAAAGAGAAACGAGGGGCAAGAUAUCAGAAAGUUGUAUGAGAGAUAAAUGUUUUUUUUAUAGGCGGGACAUUUUUUAAGAUCUGGGUAAAGCUGUUGAAGUUUUAAGUCUGUUUGCUUAACCCUUUACCACUCUAAUACAUAUUUUGACUCAUUCGUAGUCCCUGAGAAGGCUAAAUUUAAUUAAAGACCUUUCUUACUUUCUUCAAGUUUUACAGGCUUCAUUUCCAACCAUAAGAUACUGAUGAGCAGCAAACAGCAUAAAGCCUGAACAGACUGUGAGUUACUCGCAGGUUGUUCUGGUUUUAUACUGUUUGCAUAUAGCAAUUUUCACUUUGCUUCUGAGUGGGAAAGGGUUAAACUUAGGUAACAUCAUAGUCUGCCAGGUUGUUUCUUUUGCUUUCGCGUAACACUCAGUCUCAUUUGAUGAAGAAGGUAUACAUAGCUGUAUUUUUGUUAAUGUUAAUGUAGUGCAUUUUAAUGUUGUUUUCAUUUUCUGAAACGAUUUAUUCAAGAUACUCUAUUUAUAUUUUAUAUCUUUUUCUACCUAUAUGGUGAAUAUAUUGCUUCAGUAUUUAUGUGUUAAUACAUAUUAAAAAACAUUUUGCAUUGUAUGCGUUGGUUACUCAUACUGCCAGAAACCAUUAUUUGCAGUUUUUUGGUGUUUUAAAUGUAUGUUUAAAUUUGUUUUCAAUAUCGUAUCAAGGUGUGUAUUUUUAAUUAAUUCAUAAUGUAUAAAAUAUCUUAAAUGCUUCAAAGAAAACACAAACAUGCAUUUAUUUUAUAUGAAAAUGGGUAAAAAUAUCAAUUCGUAUUAGGCAAUAACAUUGCAAAUUAAUAUCUAAUUGUUGUUUUUUUAAGCUUGCAUUUUGAAUCUACAUUUGGUGUUGAUGUGUUUUUUGGGAAAACAAGAAUAAUAUUAUGAUGGAAAAAAUGCUUGUUUACUUAAAUUUCAUCAAAUAUAAGAGGUAAUCGUCAAAAGAUAAUAUUGUUCCCAAAUAAUUAUGUUCCAAAUAUGGCAUUAGUUUUCUAUCAAUUCUGGACAUUUAUGAUUUUUUAGCCCCCGGUAGGGGCGCAUAUAGCAGUUGAACUGUUCGUCAGUCCGUCUGUCUGUCCGUCCGUCUGUCUGUCCGUCCGAAAACUUUAACAUUGGCCAUAACUUUUGCAAUAUUGAAUAUAGCAACUUGAUAUUUGGCAUGCAUGUGUAUCUCAUGGAGCUGCACCUUUUGAGUGAUGAAAGGUCAAGGUCAAGGCCUUCCUUCAAGGUCAAAGGUAAAAAAAACAAAUCCAAGGGAAGUAACGAGCUUUAAAGGGAGAUCAUUUAUAUUUAUCAUUUGGCAGGUUCA